UAUACGUUGUUGAUUGUUUGAAUUAUCGUAUACAAAUGUUUUGUUCACCAGAUUCAUUAGAAGGUAUCACAAUUGCAGGAACUACAGGAAAAGGUGGAAAUGCUGCGAACCAGUUAUAUAUACCAGAAUCAAUAACAUUUGAUUCACAAAUGAAUAUGUACGUUGCUGAUAGUGGUAAUCAUCGUAUACAAAAAUUUCAACGAAUUUUGUAA